AUUCUGCCUUUUCCAAGCAUCAACAGUAUUUGCCCCAUUUUCCCCGAUAAUAUGACAGAUGAUAAAUUAAUUAACUACUGAUUUAUUUAUAAAAAAAAAUAUUAAAUAAAAUUAUAUUUGUUAGGGUUAAAAUAUUGCAGAAUGAGUUUAAUUAUGACACGUGGCAUAAAGUCUUCCGUUAUGCAUAGAGAUGAAAAAGGCUUGUGAAUAAAAAAACAGCACUUUUUUGAAAUACAUCAUCAAGCUCUUCCUUUCUUUUAGGAUAUUUAGGAAGUUAGUUAAGCUUCUGGCUGUAAGUUUGAUAUAUAUGCAUAUAGUAGUAUUGAAGUAUUGGUAUGUUAACCCUAUUGAACCAAAAAACUGUAACAACAUGGCCACGCCUUUGUUCCAUCAAUUUAAGAAGCAAGCUUCUUUCUUUUUCAAGGAGAAAUUCAAGAGUGCUAGAUUAGCUUUAACUGAUGUUACUCCUGCAGAAUUGAUGACAGAAGAAGCUACAAAUGGCAAAUCACGUGUCACUGAUUCCCCAACUCUUAAAUCAAUUUCAAGGUCUGCUUUUGAGAUAGAUGAUUAUUGGAGGAUUGUAGAAAUUCUGCAUAAAAGACUGGCCAAAUUUGACAAGAAGAAUUGGAGGGCCUCUUACAAUUCUCUGAGUGUGCUUGAACACCUAUUGAUUCAUGGACCUGCAAGUAGUGCAGAAGAAUUUCAGUGUGACCAAAAUGUUAUUAGACAGAUGAUAUACUUUCAGCACACUGAUAACAGUGGGUUCAACUGGGGACUUGCUGUCAAAAAGAAAGCAGAAAGGGUAUUGAAAUUGCUGGAAGAAGAAAUUCAUCUUAAGGAAGAAAGAAAUCAUGCUCGCAAGUUGUCCCGUGGAAUUCAAGGUUUUGGGAGUAUGUGCCAAAGUUCAACUCCAAAACAAGGCAUUCAGAGGGGAAAAUCACUGCCAACCACAUUUGGCAAGAAUGAAAAUAAGGAAAACCAGUCCUCUUACUCAAACAAUAGUUUCGACAUAGCAGAAGCUAAAUCUACUAGUCUUGGCCAUCAGGGUGACAAUCAAAUGCUUCACAAAUAAAAAACAAUCUCUAAGGAAAACAAGGAGAAAUUCAAUCCAGGGAACUUAAAGGUGGAGUCUAAUUCAUUUUUGGAUGAUGGACAAGAGGACUUCAAGCUUCAAACAUUCAUAGCAGAAGAUGAUCACCCUUUUAACUCCACAGAAAUGCGUACCAGUUCCCCCCGUCUUUCUUUCUUCAAGAUGAAGCAAGUUUAAGAUUGAAAUGAAGACAAUAAUGCAUUAUAAAAUUCCAAUGAAGGUUUGGUACAUGUAUUUAUAGUUGCUAGUAAGUUUUAUUUGAUGCUACAAUUUUCUCCAGAUGGACAAAGCGUUUGUAAAUAUGCAACUAGGACUUAGUAUUUUGGACAAGCAAUCAACUUGAAUUGCCUUAGAUUUUUUAGACACGAUUAAGUGGUCUUAAUUAUGCCAUAUCAUAAUUAAGCAAUUGAUGCAUGUUUUGCUCCAAUGGUAUAAAUGUUUAGCACUGUUAUAGUUUUAUUUAAGAGUUGGUUGUUUGCAAGAUAGAAAAUUGUAUUUUAUUCAUAUUCAAAUGUUCCUUGUCCUUAUACAACAAGGAACAUUGUUUAGUUUUAAGGAACUCGACCUACCAGCUAGAAUCUAGAUAAGCUCCUAUCCAAAUUUUGCUUAUUUGACA